UAUUACUGGCACGAAAUUUGAAAAUGGCGACCAAAACAAAUAAUGAGCUGGACAUUUAAAAUGCAGUUUACUUUUCUCGGAGUAUUUUGUUGACCAAUAAGAGAUGAGCAAGUCAAGACCAAAGCCCCUUAAAGGAGAUUUAUCAGGAGAAAGCGAUUUGGACUCGACAAUCACACCUAUCAAUGCAGCCACAGACAACAGCCAGGGUCGCAUUAUAGAAUCAGACAGUCUGUCCGACUUUUACCUUCAUGAAAUCAGUGGAAAACAUCGCAGGAAGAAGCAACAUCAUCACAAAACAAAGGCAGCUCUUGAUUCAGACGAGGAAGAAUAUCACAACAUCAGCAAUGAAAACAUCAGAGAUAUUUACAAAGAACUACGAGUUAUCAGUGAAAAACUCAAGUUGGAGAACAAAAGCCUUCAUGAGCGAGAACAAAAACUUAAAGAAAGGGAACGAAUGGUAUCGAUUUCUUCCCAGAACAUACAGACCAUAGCACAACAUGAAAUCAAACAGAAACUGCAAGCUGUGGAGGAGAGAUACAAAGCAGACAUUUAUAGAUUGGAAACCUUGUUGAGGGAGAAAUGUAAAGAAAACAAAAGAUUAAAGGAUAACUUUGAAACCUUGAAGCAAGCAAAUGAUGCUCUAAAAAAAGAGUUUGAAUGCCUGCAAAGUCAGCACGAAAAGUUGGAAAAGCAAGCUGUCACUGUUCAGGCCAGAUUGACGAACUUGCAGAGGAAGCAGGAGUUUGAUCAGCGACAGAAGGAGUUGGAUGUGGCAGCAGUUGCUAUGGGAAAUGCUGUUCCUAAGCAACAGAAACCAAAAGAGGCAGAGGAAAAAACAAAGCAGAGAACCCAAAAGACAGCAGCCUGUUGUUUUGAUGUGACAGGGAUUUUACUGGACUGGGUCAGUGAUGCUCACCUGAGAUGUGCUGUAUCAGAUUUACCAGGAAAACCACUAGAGCGCUUCCUCUCGCCGGAAUAUCUUCAGGAGAAAAUCAUGAAGAUUUUGCCAUCAGCUGUAGAUAUGUUGAGGGAGUUUCCUGGCCAGAAUCUUAAGAUUUCUCUCCCCUGCAUUCAGUUUAUAUACUGGGCUUUGACUCAUGUAGAAAACUGUGCAGGACAACAGAAGAGUGGAUUGUCGUCCACUCUCAGGCGGUUAGGAGAGGAACUCUACAGAGCAAAGACUGUGAGGUUUUCGGAGCUUGAAAAGACUCCAUCAGAAUUUAACCCUCCCUCUCCCAUUAAAUUAGACAAAUCAAAAGAUGGCAUCUACUUCCGCAGUCAGAAUCUCCAUGUUCGACUUCUUUCAUCUUUUAUCAUACUGAAAACUCUUAGUCAAGUGGAUCUCCUGGCCCAUGUGUUUGAUGUUUUAAGGAAUGAUCUGAAAUCUGACAUUGCCAAAGAAUUGUUUCUGUAUUAUCAAGCUACCCCUGUGGUUCUUCAGUACUUAAAACCAGUUAACAAGACAUUUAUGGGAUCAGCAAUGGACAUAUUUCUACAAAUGUCUACGGACUCUCCAUUCCUGCAGCCCUUCCUGGAAACAUGUAGUAAUGAGAACUGGUUUAGGACAGUAGCCAUGGUGCUCCGAGCUCCCAGUCAGGACAGUAAACUGCUGGAAAAGCUUAGCAUCAUUCUACAGAAACUCUCAAAGUUUAGGUGCAACAGGAAAUACUUUGAUGUGUAUACUAUUGUGGGAAUUAUUCAGGAACUACUGCGCGGCUGUCCAACAGAUCAAGCCUUCCUGGGUCUCAAUCUCAAGUCCAUUCUUUUCAAUCUGACCUCAGGGGCUGCACAGUGAUUUCACAUAUCCAAGCAGCUCCGACCUUCACAUUCCGUCCUAUUGUUAGUACUUUUUGUGUUCACUAGUAGAUCAGUCAUAACUGACCACCAACAUUCAGUAUUUAUCUGGUACUCUCAACACAAGGCUGUGUGUAUCUUAUAAUUUGUAUCAAUAUAAUUAUCUGUGAUCUGAAUAUACAAUGUAUGUAGGAUAUUUCAAUGCACGAUUUUAUACCUAUAAUAUUGCAAAAGCUAGCUUUACCGAUAAAUAAUGAUCUUUGAUAUGUAGCGAGUUACCAAGACUGUCAGAAAUUUUAUAGAUGUAUACUCGUACUGUCAUGUUUUCUUAAUUUAGCUGCCAAAUUAAUCUGUGGGACACUUAAUAAACUUUUAAGAUUCUA